GAAAAGUGGAAGGGGGUUAAUUGUGUGGAACAUCAUCGUCUCUCAUUUCUAAAGCGACGCUUCUCUGUCCGCCCGUCAUUAUCGCGGUCACCGCCCAACUCCAGUUCGACUGCUAACGAAUAAGUGCAUAUGAUAACUCUAAGCUGUUGAGAUCCACUCCAAAGUUGGAGUUCUUUAAGCUUCUUAAGGAUUAGAAUUGGCAAGUGAAAAUCCAUGACACUGUUGCAGUCGACCUGCAGAUACCUGCUGCAAGUCUUGUCCACUCGGGUUCAAAAUCUUGAGAAAGGAGUUGAGUUAGACUGCCAGUGGGUGGAAUUUGAUGAUGUCCGCUACCACAUUCAGGCAUCUGUGAAGAAUCCAAAUUUCGUCCUGCUAUCACUUUCGCUACCAACUCCACCUCCCGAAACUGUAUCUUUUGGUGGACUCCCUGAAGUAGCUAUAGAAGCAAUAAAAGCAGCGUACGGUGUUUUUCUACAGAUUCUUGAUCCACCGAGGGAUGGUUUUAAUCUAACAGUGAAACUGAACUUAUCCAAACUUCCACCAGAUGAAGAGCAUAAGCAAGCACUCCUGGUUAAGAUUGCCUCGAUAAGAGAAGUGGUCCAGGGUGCACAAUUAAGAGCAAUUCUAAAGCAGCUUAUCACGAGGGGUGCCAAGUCUAAUUUGAACCAACCUGUUUCCAUUGUUCAUCGGCCAAACGAAUCAUUUUUUGUUGUGUCUCAGGUAGACAAGGUAAUUGUCAUUUUCCCCAUGCGGUUCAGGGAUUCUGUCGAUACUGUUCUUGCAACUUCUUUCUUUCAGGAAUUUGUGGAAGCAAGGCGAACUGCUGGGCUAAACAGUGCCCCUCCUUGUCAUUGGUCUGCUUCCCCCCCUCAAGAAUUAGAAGGAGUUCCUGAUGAUGCAUUAUCAGCAAACUCGGGAUUUAUCAGCUUUGUAAUAUUCCCUCGCCACGUGGAAGGCAGGAAGCUUGACAGAACUGUUUGGAGUUUGACAACAUUUCAUGCUUACGUUAGUUAUCAUGUCAAGUGCUCAGAAGGUUUCAUGCACACCCGGAUGAGACGCCGUGUUGAGUCACUAAUAGAGGCUCUUGAUCGUGCCAAACCUGAUGCAGAUGAGUCUGAGAAAAAAACAGUCCAAAGUAGAUCCUUCAAGCGACUGAGUAUCAGGGAUGGACAGGGCAGUUUCAAUUCUAGAUGAGAUCAUACAGUGGAAACUUUCCUACCUGGCGGUAUUUAUAAAUAAAAAAGAAGGGCAAAGAACACAAAGGAAAAAAAGAAAAAGAAAGAGAGGAUGAUACAUUGUAAAAAUUGACGGGGGAUAUAAUUCCAUUCGUGUUGAAGUUGAUGAAAUCCAUACACAUUGCAAAUAACUGUUUUUGUGCUUUCGUAUUAUUGUUAGGCCUUGCUCGUUUUCUUGGAGUGGCACUUCUAUGGCCUCGCCUAAAUGGUCACACCCCUUGUCAAACAUUGUUUUUAGGGUUUUUACAUUAUGCUUUCUCUGAUUUUGUAUGUACUGUCAUAUUGUCCUGUGCUGCUGUGGAAUGUAUAAGAUGUAUUGCUAAGAAUACCGAGUUGCAUAGGUAAGAAGAAAAUCAGAUAUUACAAGUAUGUAACAAUUGAUUAUUUUAGUACCAUAUUUAUUCAUCAGUGGCCGCCAGCGUAAAGAUUUUGUGACCAUUCAAUUAGACACUCAAUGUGUGAUAUGCUGACUCCUACCAUGUUAGUGGAUAUAUUAUCUCGUGUUCAUAUCAACUGUUGGGCAUAUAGACAACAAUUUAUGAAUCUAUUAGUCAAGUUUUA